UCGGUCAAUGGAAGGAAGGGCUCCGCUUCCCUAUUCUGCGUUCCCUAUUCCCUAGUCGUACCUCAGUCACAAUCGCAUUUAAACCAGAUUCUCUCCACUUGAUCACUGGGUAAUACGAAUCGGACGAGUUAAAUAUAGAUCUCUCGAGUUUCUUCCUAUGUGAGUAACCACUCGCGAACUGGAGUUUAUUUUAGAAGCAAACAUUAACAACUGCCAGAGCCGAUAUCCACAACAACCCGAAAACCUAAAGAACCGCAACCCUAACUAGACCAUCCCUCGCCUCCGCUGCACCCCCAGAGAGCCGAACGCACGAAGGUCUACGAGUGGAAUCAAUCGGGACAUGGAGCCGGCCAUACCGGAGAGACAGAGAAGGGACCCCUUGCACCUGUUCCAAGAGUCAGCGAUGGGGUGGAAUACGCACAGACCACGGCCCAGGUGGUUACUAGGCAGGGCUCUGUUGUUUUCGGUUACCCCAGCAACCAUAACCUUGAUAUGGAAUGGACUCGACGCUGCACGACGACACCGCCUGGCAAAUGUUAAACGAGAGUCAAUCAAAAUGGACGAGCAGGUCAGCCAGGGUUCAGAACAUGAGAGUGAGGAACCGGCAAGGGGCUUUCUCGAGGAGAUCAACUGCCCAGAGCCGGGCAUCAUUGAUCGCCAGAUGAUCGAGACUGCCUACCUAGGGGAGGGACAAAAGGGAGAGUCGGGUCGCCUGCAUCAGCUAGAGCCUGUGGUCUACGAGCGCAUCCGAACCAUGCGGCUAGAAUUCAAGAAUCUCUUGCGUAUCGACCACCUCUGGAUGUUGCCCAAUCUCACCAAGCUGUGCCUCAACUGCAACAAAAUUGAGGUCAUAGAGCACAUUGGAAUGCUCACGGCUCUCAAGGAGCUGAACCUCAGCUUCAAUUACAUCACGAAAAUCGAGAACCUGGAGACGCUGGUCAACCUGGAAACCCUCUCGCUGUUCAGCAAUCGCAUCAGGAAAAUUGAGAACCUUACCCUUGACAAGCUGGUCAUCCUCAGCAUUGGCAAUAAUCUGAUCGAAACGGUGGAUGGGAUCGAACGACUGCGCUUUGUAAACAGCCUGAAAGUCCUUAAUCUGGAAGGUAAUCCCAUUGCCCAGCAGCCAAACUUCCCUCUAUCUCUCUAUGUGAUUGCCAUUUUGCCCCAAUUGAAUUACUAUGAAUACGUUUUUAUCAAGGCGGACACCCGGGAAGCGGCGAGGAAGCGUUUCUAUCGCGAACUACGCGAGAUCGAGGACAAACAGGAGCGAGAGAUUCAGGUCCUUGAAACGGAUGCAACAGAGGCAGCCGAAGCUGAGCGACUAGCUUCCAGCUUUGUGGAGCAUCUAGAUGGACAGCAGCUGUACGAUUCCCUGUGGCGAGACGACGAGAACGGGCGACUCCUGAUGCUGGUGGGGGCUCCGGUGCAAGAGCUGACCGAGGAGUAUGCCAAAGAUGUCCACCAGUUGACCCAGAAGAUCUACAGGCUGGGCCUGGAGCGCUUUGGAGAACGGGAUGAAGAGAUCCGGGAUUUUAACGCAAACUUGCAGGAGGGGCAGCAAGAGCUCCAGUCCCUAGGCCAGUCGCAGAUCGAAAAGUUUUUGCAAUACAAGGAUCGAACUUUCGAGGAGUUAAGCUCGAAGUUGCGAGAGCUGGAUGAGAGCGAAGACGGGUCAGAAGAGUUCUCCCAGGUGGACACCCUCAACAGACAAUUUGAUGAUGCCCUCAACGAGAUGUGGCAGAGCUUGAUGUCCCAGGAAUUACAUUUGCACGAGGCUGUUGAGGAAUCCACUCGGAACUUUCAUCGCAAGAUCUCCCAGCUGAUGGCCGGCUUUGUGGAGCAAGCUCAGGUUUUUUUCCUCCAGCUACGCGAUGUGUGCAGCCACUUUGCAGAUAACAUGACGGAGAUUGUGACACAAUUCCUGUCCACCAAACUGGCUCGUCAGGAAAUCGGUGCUGUUCCCAAAGAGUUGAUGAUGUGUGUGGACGAUCGCGAGGCGGUACUGCAGCUGGUCGAGCGCAUGCGAAUAACCCACAUAUUGCGCAUCGAUGCACGCGAGGAUCGCAUGGCCAUACGCAGCAGGGAGUUCAUUGACAACAUGAUCCAGCAGCUGAACAACAAGGAAGUGGACCGCCAUCGUGCCAAAAUAUUGGAAAUCAAUUCGUUCAUGGAAAUGAUGACAGGUGCUCUGGCCAAUCUUCCACAGGAGUUGAACCAGGAAUGAGAUUUGGAAGUAACAGUUUAAUUUUAAAUUUCAAUAAUAAAUGCAGCACUUUGGAAAACAUCA